AUGGCUUCUCACCACGACAGCGUCCCGCCUGAGUUCAGUGCUACAAGCUCCAGCGAUAACGCCGAGUCGCGGCGACAGAAUCCGAGCUCUACCAAUAUCUUGCAUACCGAGGGCAGCCCGCAGAGACCACGGGAUACGUCGACCGCUGCACGGGGUUCAGUGGAUUACGACACCACAAGAUAUCAUCAAGCACACCAGCCUAUAAAUGAUGCGGUCACUUCUGCAUUCAACAGCAGUGAUGCGAGCUCGACAGCAGGCCUCUCGCCAGACCUACUGCAGCAGAUCACCGCGCAGAUCACAGCCAACGUCCUGCAACACCUAAAAGCCAGCAACUUGUCUCCACCAAGUCAGCAACAGCACACUUCUGGACCACAUAUGGAUGCAAACUCGUCAGCGGCAGGCUCCCCUCCUCCAGACCGGACCACGGUGUAUACACCUCCAUCACCCUAUCGCGCAUCGGAAGACGGUGGCGUGGCUCAACCAUCGCCCCAGUUCCCUCCGCCUUCGAAUCAGUCUUCUUUUCGAGCCACUUCACCUCCUUUUGACAAACGAGGCGUGUCGCCUUUGAGCCACAGCAGCCGUCUAUCGGAGAGUGAGGCGACCCAAGACCGUACAAGCAGACCCAAGGGUCCGAAGAGGAUAUCUACCGGAGCUGAAGUGACCACUCUGGAACGUGUAUGGGGAACUCUGUUUGACGAGGAGGGCAGAGCUACUGAGAGGCUUGGGCAGUUUCUACGCGGGGUUGCCACGCAUUUGAUUGAGGACUACGAGCCGAGGAACAGCUUAGUCGUCACCCCACCCAAAUUACAGAGGUACUAUGAGGAGACGAAGGUGACAAAUGAGCUUUAUCCCUGGAAGAUCGUUUUCGAUGAUCGCACCUCGUCGAUCUCACGGAUGUACCGCGAAAUUGGCGCCCAACAUCAUCUCGUCCAAGAGAAAUUGUCUGAGAGACCUGACAUUCCUGGCUUGACACCCCAAGGGUUCGAAACCUGGGCGACGUUGCUCCUUAAGGCACAUCCUGAUCAAGAGUUUGAGCGAUUGGCUAAGACGGCAUUGAAUAUGCCCAUCAGCAACCCCGAGAAUAGGAGAGAACGUUUUCCAAAGGAGCUUUCACGGAGACUUUUCCCUGGCCAUCCCGACCAAGAGAUAGCCGGCAGACUGCAGAGGGCUAUGUCAACUCAUUGCAACGUCAGUUUGCCACCACAGCAGAGCGGCACAACAGAAGACAGUCAUCGAGCUCCAUACCCGAAUCAGCCCUCGGAGGCGGAUACAUCUCAGAAAGGGAGUCAGCGGCCACCGCGAGAGGAGAAAGCUCCCACAACUAAUGCUGCUCAGACCAGCCCGGCUUUGUCACAAGAAGCUCCAGAACGCCAGCGGCAGCCUCAAGCAGACCCGCAAGUUAAUGGUGCCAGCGCCACAACCGAAGGGGAGUCAGCAGAUCGUGCCGUUCCCCUGCAAAUUGAGCGAGAACGCAAACCUUAUUCGGCGGCUCCCGGAGGUGGCAAGACUUAUGAUAAUUUCGACAAACCUCCUGGCAGCGAAAGCAAGCCAGCUUAUACCCCAGGUCCACCUCAACAAGAGGUCAAGCCCGCUCGUUCGAACUCCGUUCAUGGGGGCAGCAGAUCCGGUGACAACUCGAAGCACACCCCAGCACCUAUUGCAAUCCACCAGAGACCACCUCCACCACCGUUGGAGGUUCCCGAGAUGCGCCGGCAUCGGUCGAACAGCUCCUACCAUAGGGAUCAGCCACGCGCAGGGCGUCACCGAUCUCCGUCAAUGGCCAAGGAAACCGGGAGUUCUUCAUUUAUGCGCAGGUCAGAUGCAGAUAUCGCGUAUGGCUCUCCCUCACACCCAUCCUACUUUGGCACCGACCCUUAUGACGACGCCAGAAGAUAUCGAGAGUACGAAGCUCACCGGGAACGCCUCGCCAACGAUCGCUAUGACGCGGCAAGGAUGGCUGCAUACGAUCCGCGGGAACGUGAGCGGGACCGCGAAGGACGGCCCCGUAUGGGGUCUGUCUCAGCGUUCGACGGGCCUCAGAGUGCCCGCGGUGCUCCUCCGCCCUAUUCGACUUCUGCCGUCUCCGCCGACGAGGACUACUACCGCGAUCGUGGCCCUCCUUCAUCGACAUCAUACAAUACGCCAAGCUCAAUUAGCACUGGGUUCCAACCUCCCCCUUCUGUGCCGAGGGAUUCCGUUUACGGAUCCUACCCGGCUCCCUCAAAUUACCCACCUAGCAGCUACCGAGAUAUGCGUUGA